ACAAACAGUAUACCUACAAAUAAUGAAAUUACAGAAAAAUAUCUAAAAUCGUAAUGAAAAUCGGGAAAUUAGUUAUGCUUUGCCAGAUUCAGUAGUUCAUGGCCGGCACGUGCUCCCCGGUCAUCCCCCACGUGAUCGGUUCCACCGUCGUCGAGCUAUCCAGAACAGGUUCCCGAACCAGAGCGCCUCUCUCUGUCCGUAUAUCCUCCCGGAGCUACGCCGUUCCGACCACGGCGGCGUACGAAGGACCGUCUUGUAUCUUCGUCGGACCAGUAGAAACAGCCAGUCAGGAAACCCUUGAAGCAUUAUAUUGUCAAGCUCGUGAUGCUUACUAUAGCGGCCAGCCGUUGAUUGUCGAUGACAUGUUUGACAAAGUUGAGUUAAAACUCCGGUGGUAUGGCUCCAAAUGCGUUGUCAAGUAUCCACGUUGCAGUCUCAGGCGCCAAUCUACCUAUGCCGAUGCUCAGGAAGAUCCUUCACAAGUUUUUGCAUUGGCGAGUGUAUGGCUCUUGAUCUUUGGCUUUGGUUCUUCAGCAUGUCUCCUACCUAUAGUAUACGGCAUUGCUCGAGCUUAUAAUGAUGCGUUCAGUUCUGGAUUUUCAAAUAUUAAGCAAGGACCUUCUCUAGCACUCCUUGCAACAUUCAAUGGCGUGCUCUUCAUGUUGUUUGGUUCCGUGGUUGGGUACCCCAUUGUGUCAGCUUCUGUUGGUGCACUUAAAGGACUCUGGAAGAAUGACCUGGUGGCACUGAAAGGGGUAUGCCCAAAUUGUGGCGAAGAGGUAUUUGCUUUUGUUAGAUCUGAUAGUUCCAAUGAUUCCCCACAUAGAGCGGAAUGUCAUGUAUGUGAAAGCUCAUUGGAAUUCAGAACAAAGGUUGAGGUACUUGAGUUACAUAUUUCUCAAUCUGUCUCAAGACCAGGUCGACAAUGGGUACAUGGUCGGAUCUACUUAGUCCGGGGUAAACGUCAAAGAUGGAUGUAAGGCAAGAAUUCUUCGUCUCGCAAACAGACUAAACCAGUUCGUAUAGGAAGGCAUUCAAAUGAUUGCCUUCUUCAGUUAGCAAAUUAUGAAAGUAAUACUGAAAUAUUCUGAUGGAGACUGAACUGCAGCGUAUUUCGUAGUAAGUUUUCACAGUAAGGAAUAUCGCGUCCAAGAUUCUGCAGGAACAGCCUAAAAAAUCACAUGUACUGUAAAAUUAGCCUGUGUAUCUUGGUGCAUCUGCUUAUGUAUUCUUGAAAUAGGAUCCGUCCCAAGCGCCAUGGUCUGUUAUCUUCAUUUCUCUUAUUCUUCACUCAUUUGUUGUCAACAAUUAUAAUUGGUUGUAUCCGAAAGAGAAUGUAAGUUUUACCAAGUUUGUUUCCAGAGCACUUUAGUUCUUCGAAAAAAAUUCAAGGUUGUGGUCUGUUAUCUUCA